UUCAACCGAGUUCCUGAAUUAUUCCCAACACAAUGAAAUGAUCGGGAUAUUAUAUUGUUUUAUAAACACGUUUCACUGCACCUACGCGUCCUGUGAAUCUCAUCUGGGAUUAUCUAAUGAAUUAAAAUCGAUCUGCAACCCGUCCGAUCUGGUGUGGGGUUUCCGAAGCACGCAGUCUUGAGGAACGUGGAGUAAUGUAAACUUGAACAGCAUCUGUCCCAGCAGUGGCUGUUGGCACAAUGGGGCUGGACUUUGAUGUAAAGACGUUCUGUCACAAUCUGCGGGCCACCAAGCCCCCUUAUGAGUGCCCUGUGGAGACUUGCCGUAAGGUCUACAAGAGCUACAGUGGCAUUGAGUAUCACCUGUACCACUAUGACCAUGACAACCCAACUCCUGCACAGGCUGUGCCCCAGAAGAAGAGAAAGGGACGUCCUCCCCGUGCUUCAUUGGCCGGGUCAGGGGAUACGGACGAUGGUGGAGGUAAUGGCGGUGGAGGACUGGGCCACGGGGGGAACACACCGGGUAGCCCCAACCAGUCAGACCACUCUCACUCCCCGGGCAGAGAAACAAUGACCUAUGCCCAAGCACAGCGCAUGGUGGAGCUGGACUUUCAAGGACGCAUCCACCGCAUUAGCAUCUUUGAGAACAUUGACGUGGUGUCAGAGGAAGACAGUGAUGCGGAGGAUGCUCCACCAUCUGGCACAGGUGGUAGUGGCGGAGGGGUGUGUAACGGUAGCGAUGGUGGCGCUGGAGGCAGCGAGGUAGGAGGUAGUGGUAAGGAUCGGCCAGAUAUCCCGUCCUCUAAUGGGGGCAAAUCCACCCCAAAGUCUGGGAAGCAUAAGAGUAAAGAAAAGAAGAAGGACGGCUCAUCUCAUCAUCACAGCGCUCAGUCCGGCCCUGCAGUCAAGCUCCCAGAGGCGGUGUUCAGAGAGCUGGACCAAGAGAGACCUGAAGCCCCUCCUCGACCGUCGUCUUACUACAGGUACAUUGACAAGUCUGUGGAGGAGCUGGAUGAAGAGGUAGAGUAUGACAUUGAUGAGGAAGACUACAUUUGGCUCGACAUCAUGAACGACAAGCGGCGGCGUGACGGAGUGACUCCCAUUCCUCAGGAGGUCUUUGAGUAUCUCAUGGACCGCUUAGAGAAGGAGUCUUAUUUUGAGAGCCACAACAAGGCUGACCCCAGCACCCUAAUCGAUGAAGAUGCUGUCUGCUGCAUCUGUAACGAUGGAGAAUGUCAGAACAGCAACGUGAUCCUGUUCUGCGACAUGUGUAACCUGGCCGUGCACCAAGAGUGCUACGGUGUUCCCUACAUCCCAGAGGGCCAGUGGUUGUGUCGUCGCUGCUUGCAGUCGCCGAGUAGAGCUGUGGAUUGUGCUCUCUGUCCAAACAAGGGAGGCGCUUUCAAACAGACUGACGAUGCACGCUGGGCACAUGUAGUGUGUGCCCUCUGGAUUCCAGAGGUCUGCUUUGCCAACACGGUCUUUCUGGAGCCGAUCGACAGUAUUGAGCACAUUCCUCCUGCACGCUGGAAGCUCACCUGCUACAUCUGCAAGCAGCGGGGUUCAGGCGCCUGCAUCCAGUGUCACAAAGCAAACUGUUACACAGCCUUCCACGUCACCUGUGCCCAGCAGGCGGGCCUCUAUAUGAAAAUGGAGCCUGUCAGAGAGACUGGGGCCAACGGCACCUCUUUCAGCGUCCGCAAGACGGCUUACUGUGACAUCCACACGCCCCCAGGAUCAGCGCGACCUUUGGGAGGAGUAGGUGGCGCCAGCAUGGGUUCGUCCCACAGUGAAGGAGAGCUGGAGGAGGAUGACGAACCCAGCAUUUGCCAUGAUGAUGACUCCAAGGGCUGGAGCUCUGAGCGAGCCAAGAGGGCGAAGGCCAAGUCCAGGCUGAAGAUGAAAAGAGCGAGGAAGAUCUUAGCUGAGAGGAGAGCUGCUGCGCCAGUAGUGUCUGUGCCCUGCAUACCUCCCCAUAGGCUGAGCAAAAUCACCAGUAACUUGACGGUACCCAGGAAGAGCCAGUUCAUGCAGCGACUUCACAGCUACUGGACCCUGAAGAGGCAAAGUCGUAACGGCGUACCUCUGCUGCGCCGGCUACAAACCCACCUGCAGUCCCAACGACAUAUAGAGCCACUCCCACCCGAACCUCCAACACAACUCUCCCCUGUGACUUGUGAAAUUGUGUUGCAGAGGGACAGCGACGAGAAACAAUCGGCUCUAAAGGAGCAGCUGAAGGCAUGGCAGAGACUGAGACACGACCUGGAGAGAGCCCGGCUACUGGUGGAGCUCAUACGCAAGAGGGAAAAACUCAAAAGGGAGACGAUCAAAGUGCAGCAGAUGGCGCUGGAGAUGCAGCUGACUCCUUUCCUGGUGCUGUUGAGGAGCACGUUGGAGCAGUUACAGGAAAGAGACAUUAACAACUUUUUCACUGAGCCUGUACCGCUGGCAGAGGUGCCAGACUACCUGGACCACAUCGACACACCGAUGGACUUCCAGACCAUGUGGAACUUGCUGGAGUCCCAUCGCUACCUCACUUUUGAGGCCUUUGAGUCUGACUUUGGCCUCAUCGUCAACAACUGCCUCAAGUACAACGCCAAGGACACAGUCUUCUACCGCGCCGCCCUGCGGCUCAGAGAGAUGGGCGGGUCCGUCAUAAGAACCGCCAGGCGCCACGCCGAAAGGAUAGGCUUUGACUAUGAGGCUGGCAUACACCUCCCCCGAGAGCCGAGCCCAGACAGUCAGCGUGACCAAGACAGAGACAGAGACAGAGAGAGGGAACGGGAACGAGAGCGGGAACGAGAACGGGAACGAGAACGGGAGCGAGACAGAGACCGAGACAGAGACCGAGACAGAGACCGAGACAGAGACCGAGACCGAGACCGAGACCGAGACAGAGAUAGAGAUAGAGAACGAGACAGAGAUCGAGAACGAGAACGAGAACGAGAACGAGAACGAGACCGGCCAUUGUCGUCUAAUGAAGAUGAGGUGCUCCUGCCAGAGAACAGGCGACGGCUGCCACUGGAAGAGCAGCUGCAUUACCUGGAGGUGCGUCUCGAUGAGGUCAGCUCGGGGAAGCACAGCAUUGGUCAGUCUCGCAGAGCCAAAGCUCUGAGAAAGGAGAUCAGUGUCACAAAGAGGAAGCUCGCGCACCAGCGGGAGGGGGGCUCUGGUAUGGGGGGUCGGGAGUCUGUGGGAGGAGACCGGGGUCCUUCCCUGCCCCAUCACCCAUCCUCUUCAGGACACCACGAUGAAGGGGGGGAAAGCAGCAGCCAGGAGAUUGGUGGAAAAGAUAUGAGUGUGUCCUCAUCUGCCCUGGCUCCAGAGGUGGGCCGUCGGACGUCUGUCCUCUUCUCCAAGAAGAACCAAAAAAUGGCUGGACCCCCCAAAAGGCCGGGACGCCCCCCCAAGAACCGGGACGCUGGCUACGCUGCGGGGUUGAGCCAAAGCCCCAUCGGUCCCCCUCAGCUGCCCCUGCUGUCGCCGAGCAGGCCGAGGAAAAGGCCCCGCAGCCCCCGCAGCAGCUCCAGCUCUGACAGCGACAGUGACAACGACGACCUGCUGCCAGGUUUGCCAAGUAACGGUUUCAAUGGAGGAAACCAGCCAGUAACGGAGAGCUUCCGUGUGUACAGAAGUGAUUCUCGUCUCCCUCGUUCCAGCUCAGACUCUGAGUCUACGACCAGCAGCAGCAGCAGUGCAGCUUCUGACAGGACCAGUACGACCCCGUCGAAGCAGGGCAGAGGGAAGGCGUCGUUCUCUCGCUCCGCCUUCCAGGAGGACAGCAGCGAGGAGACGUCGGGCACUGAAAAUGAUUCCUACUCAGUCGGAGGAUCGCGGCCCGUUUCGCAUUUGGUGCGGGGUCGUGCAAAGUCAGGAUGCUGGAUGACUUCUGAUGAUUAUUCUUCUCUUGAAGCUUUGGAUCUGGUGUGGGCCAAGUGCAGAGGCUAUCCUUCUUAUCCUGCUCUGAUAAUUGACCCGAAGAUGCCCAGGGAGGGAGUGUUCCACCGGGGAGUCCCGAUCCCUGUCCCCCCUUUGGAUGUGCUGAAACUAGGGGAGCAAAUGACCCAGGAGGCCAGGGAGCACCUGUUCCUGGUCCUCUUCUUUGACAACAAGAGAACUUGGCAGUGGCUGCCGCGCUCUAAGCUGGUGCCGCUUGGCGUGGACCAGGAGCUGGACAAGGAGAAAAUGCUGGAGGGCAGGAAAUCUAACAUCCGCAAGUCAGUGCAGGUGGCCUACCACCGAGCCAUGCAGCAUCGCAGCAAGGUGCAGGGAGACCCCAGCAGCGAGACCAGUGACAGUGACUGAAAACGCGUGCACGCACACACACACACACACACACACCUUAUGUGUUGUUAUGUUAUGUCCGUGCAGGUGUUGUGGAGUAUACAUUUCUCUAUCGAGAGCCCAGCCCUCCAUCACAGAACACAAGAAACCGUGCCAGUAGCACAGAGUGGGGAGAAAGACAUCCACUACAUUGGCCCCAAGACACACACACACACACACACACACACACACACACACACACACACACACACAUAUCAUGCACACUAAGCCGUAUUUAAUCUGACGUGUAAAAUAUUGUAUUUAAGAGAUUUGAGAAAAAAUGGAAUUAAUAAUAAUAAUAAUAAUGAUGAUGGAAAAAUAUGCUAUGUUCAGAAUCGCCAGUCAAAAAAUAUUCCUUGCAUUAUGGUCGAUAUGUUUAAUAACAAAUGGUUUACAGACAGAACACGGUGUUACACUAUGAUACAGAAACAAGUGUCCCUGUUAUUCUUACACGUGUAGUUUUACAUUUGAACAGGGGAAUGCAUGUAGUGUAAUGCACACAUCGGGGGGGUAUGGCUGCGAAUGCCAUCGCCCACGUCACAUGUUCACAUCCACUGCCCACCCCUCAAAAAAAACAAAAAACCAACAGGCCUGGUGCUAGUGUCCAGUCAUUUGCCAAUGGAGCACAAAGAGAGACUGUUGCAGCCGGAACCACGGUUCAUCGUGGGGGAAACCAACAAUAAUGUUAUUUAUUCUGCUUACUCCUUAACAAGGUCCACAAGCUCGUUUUAUAUCAUGGACCACUUCUAAUCACUCCUGCUACACAAGACAUCAUUGUGUGGUCCUUUUUUUUCCGUCUGUCACUCUGUGUUCAUCAUGUUUUUACGGUUUUGUUAGCGUACGUCUGUCACACAGGCCGCUGGUCAAUGAAUAAUGAGGACUAAACUGAAACACAUGAUCGCCUCACUGUCUGUCUUAGUCUCAGGCUGAUGGCUUUAGAACUUUUAUAUAUACAGAUUGCAUAAAGAUAGAAGUUUAAUAAAAAUAAUUGAGUUUUUUAAACUUG